GGUUGUCGGGAGUCUUGUGUCGUGCUACCUCCUCAACGCUAGUAGGCGCUGUUUCUGAAAGUAAACUUUUACAUUCAAACAAGAUGGCAGCUCCCUGUGGGCCCGUGCUGUAUUGAAGACGUGAACGCAACAAUAAAAUAAAGAAAAAAUAAGUGUUACGGCUCCAGUCAAUGCAGACGAGCCAUGGCAGCUGCAGCAAAACCAUCUAAGAAGGAGCUCAAAAAGCAAAUUCAAAGUAAGACCUCCUUCACAUCACCCUUCAGUGCAAAAUGGAGCCCACUUCCACACAAAGACGAGCAUUUCAUUUUGACAACAUUAAAGGACAAACUAAUCGCCACAGGUCUGGAGAAGAAAGAGGUAAAAGUGCCUCGCCAGUGGAGGAAAAAGAAAGAGCAUAAACCAGAUGCUGCUGCAGAACCUGUUCGCCGGGUGAGUCCGGAGGCUCAGGGGCCGGAUCCCACCACAAACGGCUGGACAGACACUGCGGCCAGACGGCAGCUGGCCAUCGGCAUCAACGAGGUCACCAAGGCGCUGGAGAGGAACCAGCUCCAGCUGUUGCUUGUUUGUAAGUCUGUCAGACCGCAGCACAUGACGAACCACCUGAUCGGUCUGAGCGUGACGAGAAGCGUCCCGGCCUGCCAGGUGCUCCGCCUGAGCAAAAGCAUGGCGGAGCAGCUGGGGCUGAAAAGCGUCCUUGCUCUGGGGUUCAGAGGGUGUUCUACCAAAGAAAACGAGAUGUUCAGAGACACGGUUGAUGCAAUCAUACCCAGAGUUCCUCCACUGGAUGUUGUAUGGUUGAAAGGUGAAGCGGCUAGAGUGACAUCUGAGCUCACGGCUGACCUGGAAGACGUUGAGGAGGAGGAGGGAGAGGAGAAAAUGGAAGAGGGGAAAGAGGAGGCAGGUGAGAGGAAAACACAAAAACGGAAACUGGAGAUUGAAUCUGAAGUCCCAGAAUCUCCUUUAACCUGCACUUUGCAGCCUCUGAAAGUAAAGAGAAUUGUUCCAAAUCCUGGUAAGAAACGAAAAGCAAAACUGAAGAAACAGAUGAAAUAACAGACAUUCUGCAUUAUUCUAACCCAGUGGGUCCCACUGUUUAGUUGUUUUUGGUUUUCUUUUUAACCAUCCCAGUUUUGUUAAAAAUGAAGCAGAUCCUUUUCUUGAGCUGAUGCUUUUGUUUUGUGAUAAAACAUGAAAAAAUAUGUAAUUUUCAGUUGUAGCUGUGUGUUUAUGUCAUUUCUUUUUUAUAUCACUUAAAAGUUGUUCUCUUGCAAAAUCUAAUAAAAAUAGUUUUGUUCAAGCUAA